AUGUCGUCUGUCAUCAGAUCCGUAGGCUCGGCCCUGGGUGACGAGCUCGAGUGCUUGUUCUCUGCCUUUUCGCCUUGGUUCUAUGCACUCAAGCUGCCCUCUGCCCUGACCGCCGCCGUUGAACUACUUGUCGUAGGCGCCGUCAAUGUCACUGUCCCCGGUCCCAAGGAGGCGAGUCCCGUCUUUGAUGCCUUUGUGAGCUACUCGCUCGAGUUUGCCUUUUUCCCAGAUUUUGCUGGAAACGCCUCGGCACCAAACAAGUUCUCAGAGAACCUGCUCGCCAACUUAGGUAACCUACAAGGCGUCCGCCCUUACAUCCGCGUAGGCGGGAACACCCAAGACUAUGCCCUCUAUGAUGAAUUUCUCCCCUACGCCGUGAAUGGCACCUACGAUCUCGCUAGGUCAAAGGACUACCCAACCACCAUCCACAUCGGCCCCUCCUUCUUUGAAUCGUACAGUACUUUCGAGGACACCAAAUUCACCCACGGCUUCAACCUAGGCCUGGGCGGCAACCGCUCAGAAGGAUGGGACACCCUCAAAGCUACCGUUCCGUUGGCCUGCAAGGCCAUCGGCAAGGACAACCUCGACGUCUGGGAAUACGGCAACGAGCCGGACCUCUUCUCCACCUCGGCCCAGGGCCCCGUCCGCCCUUCGUCCUGGAACGAGACUAUCUAUGUGGAACAGUGGCUAAAUGGCACCCGUGAGAUCGCCGCCGUCCUCGCGGAAGCGUGUCCCGAUUUUCCCAAGCCCGUCUUCAUGGCGCCUUCCAACGCCGGCACCGCCAAUCGGCUCCGUGCACCAGCGCAGUGGGCCGCCGGCCUGAAUACCGAUGACAACGUCGCCCUCUUCUCGACGCACAACUACAUCAGCGGUGCCGAGAGCCCUGGCGUGACGCUCCGGGGCACGCUGAUGAACCACACCCGCACCGUGCAGUCCGUCCAGGCUCAUGUGAAGGAGUACGCCAACCUCACGGGCCGCUUCGACGAUGUGCCGCCUCAUAUCUAUGGAGAGCACAAUUCGCUGUACAACCAGGGCAAGCCGGGGCUCUCAAACUCGUUUGGCGCCGCACUGUGGGGCGUCGACUUUAACCUUUAUGCUGCGUCCCAGGGAAUCAAGCGCGUCCACAUGCACAUGGGCACCGACUAUCGUUACCAAAGCUGGCAACCCGUCCACACAAACAUCACCGCCCUCGGCACAAAAGCCCCUUACUACGGUAACAUCGCCAUAGCAGCCUUCCUCGCCCCGUCAAAGUCCUCCCCCACAACCCCAGUCUCUGUAGCCCACAUCCCCCUCCCAUCCUCUGACCAAGAGACAAUAUCCGCCUACGCGGCCUACCACGGCGAUACCCUCUCCCGCAUCCUCGUCAUCAACCUCACCCCGCACAACUCCACCGUCAACGGCACGGGCACGACGCCCGACCCGAAUAGCAAUUCCAUUCGCGGGGUUAAGGUGUACAGUUUCGCCGUACCGUGGGCCAAUGAUGUAUUCGCCAAUGUGCGGCGGCUGGCUGCGAACGGGAGCGAUGCCAUCUCGGGGGUUACGUGGGAUGGGUGGAGUUACAAUUACGAGCUGGACGAGGGCAAGCCUGUGAGGUUGGGAAAUGUCACUGUGGGUGAGACUACGAUUGUGAAUGGGGGGAGGGUUACUGUUGCUGUGAGGGAUAGCGAGGCUGUUGUUGUGAGUCCUGUUUUGGGGUGUAGGGCGAAGAAGAGAUUGUGA